UCCUCUCUAUCUCCUCCCUUCCCCUAUCUCUCUCUCCCAAUUCUAUCUUUCUCUCUCCCGCAUCUCUCUUUCCUAUCUCAUCUUUCUCCCCCUUCCCCUCCCCUCCCCCCUCUUCCUGACCCCUACUUGGCACCUUUAUACCCGAAGAGGCACCCCGCUGGCACUCUCUCCAGGCACCUUCACGUGGCACCAUGACAGUGACUUACACCCACGAGGUCGCCGAUUGCAAAGGAUUCGGAAACUUCUGGCGACUACUCUUCAGAUGGCGAGGGAGCGUGUACAAGCUCGUGUGGCCGGAACUGAUUACUUAUCUGUUAAUGUAUGCGCUGUGCUCAGUCCUGUACAGAAUCGUCUUGGAUGAACAAGGUCGGAGGAACUUCGAGCAGGUGUCCCUCUUCUGCCACCACUUCAGCGACCUCAUCCCCGUGUCCUUCGUGCUGGGCUUCUACGUGAGCAUCGGAAGGAACUGUCCGGAUCCGCAGAGGAGUUGGUGAAGCACGAGGGCGCGGACGAGGAGGACAGCGAGGAAAGGACGAAGAAGAAGCUGGCUUGGAAGAGGGAGGGGGGCGCGCAGGCCGCCGAGGUCCGCUUCCGCUCGCAGAUCUCAACCACAUCAGGAGUUUCGGACGCGUUGUCGGAAAACAGCCAACUGAGAAGCGAAACGAGUCAGUGUUCUAUCCUCACUUCCAUUUUCCAAGACCAGGAGGAGAACCCAGAUAAUGACGAUGAUGGUGAUGAUGGAGAAGAGGAGGAGGAGGAGAAUAAUGAUGAUGGUGAGAAGGAGAGGAGACGGAGAGAACCUUCGGGAAGCAGCAACGUCUCCGGUCGCUCGGGAACAAGACGCCAGCCAGGGAACCGCCGCGUCAUGCCCACCUUCAGGUACAGCCGCGUGUCGGAUGAUGACGACACCAAACGAUGACGUCACAAAGGCAUUCGAUGACGUCAUAAAGGGAAGAAAAACGAAAGAAAAUCGUCGGUUGUCUUGACUGUCCGUUGCUGGGUUGUUUACGUACAAACAAUUUGAAUAUUCAAAUGAUGUUUAGAGGUAGAUGUACAAGUAGAUACAAACGAUGCACAUGUUAGCGUAGAUGAUAGGUUUGUGCACAAAGCUUCAGAUAAAAGUGACAGGUAUUAUAUAGAGUUACUAACAAUACUUUUUUUAGAUAUAUGUUAAUUUUCAUUUCUAAAAAGGAAGUAGAACUUAUUUUUCGGUUUUGUAAAACAUAUUCACACACGCACACAUACACAUGCACACACACGCACGCGUAUACGCACACAUAGACACACACACACACACACACACACACACACACACACACACACACACACACACACAAAAACACACACACACACACACACACACACACACACACACACACACAAAAACACACACACACAAACAAACACAUAUAUAAUAUGAAAUAUAUAAAAUUUGCGAUUUUCUGAAAUACCGAAUUAUGUAGCAUCAUAUUCACCACUUUCAGUCAUUUCCCAUUUUCAGAGAUUAUUGUCGCCACAUUCAGAACAUUCUUCACUCAAAAAAACCCGAUGAAGUGAAUUAUUUUUGCUAUUCAGAUGAAACAAUAAAAUUUGUAUUUGU